AUGACCAGAAUCUUCGGGGCGCUGAUCGGGAAGUCGGUCGAAGUCUACAUUGAUGACAUCAUCGUGAAAACACCAAAGGGGGGCGAUCAUGCAGCCGAUCUGGCCGUCGUGUUUGAACAGCUGAAGAAGUACAACAUGCGCCUCAACCCCGAAAAAUGCACCUUCGGAGUCAAGAGCGGGAAGUUUCUGGGAUAUAUGCUCACCAAUCGUGGGAUUGAACUAAACCCCGAAAAGUGCCAGGCUAUUGUAGAAAUGAAAAGCCCUAGGACGGUCAAGGAAGUCCAACAAUUGGCGGGGCAGAUGGCAGCAAUCGGACGGUUUCUCCCGAAGGCUGCCCUACGAGCCUUACCACUCUAUGCCUUGCUAAAGAAAGGAGCGAACUUUACUUGGUCAGAAGAGGCCGAACAGGCUUUCUCCCGGCUGAAAGAGGUUCUCACCUCCCCACCGAUCCUAUCAAGUCCAAAGCCAGGGGAGCCCCUAUACUUAUACUUAGUUGUCCGAGACAAGGCUGUGAGCUCCGUGCUGGCUAACGGGGAGGCGCAGGCCAAGGACCCGAUUCUGGAACAAUACCUCUCCCACCUGAAGCGGUUGGCUGCCACCUUUCGUAAGGUGGAGUUCCGCCACGUCCCAAGAGCUGAAAAUGACCGCGCGGACACCCUAGCAAAGCUGGCUAGCACCGGGAAACCCGGACUGAACAGGACAGUCAUUCAGGGCACACUGGCCCUCCCGUACAUCGCGGGCCCCGACCGAUCCACUAGAAUCCACACCUUGAGCGUUGGCACGGACGACGAUUGGAGGACCCCUAUUGUUAAGAACCUCACAACGGGCUGGCUACCACCCGACAAGUCGGAAGCCAUGAAGCUGACUAGGAACGCUUCCUGGUACACCUUGGUGAACGGAGACCUCUUUAAGAGAGGAUUUUCCACUCCUCUUCUUAAGUGCUUAUCAAAGGAACGAGCAGAGUAUGUGCUCGCCGAGAUCCAUGAGGGCAGCUGUGGCCACCACCCCGGCGGGCGUUCUCUGGCGAGAAAGGUCCUCCGGGCCGGCUACUACUGGCCCACCCUGGAGAAAGACGCAGCCGACCACGUUAAACGCUGUGACCCAUGCCAGAAACACGCCGACCACCGCUUAGCCCCACCCGAACGGCUCUCGACUAUGGUCUCCCCUUGGCCUUUCCACCAAUGGGGAAUGGACCUCUUGGGACCUUUUACAACCGCGCCAGGACAGCUGAAACACCUGGUCGUCGCGGUAGACUACUUCACCAAGUGGAUUGAAGCAGAACCCCUUGCAACUAUCACUUCGGCCCGCAUACAACGCUUCUUCUACAAGAACAUCAUCAGCCGAUUCGGGGUACCUGGAGUACUUAUUACCGACAAUGGCACACAGUUUGCCUCCCAAGGGUUCAAGGAGCUCGUAGACGGGCUCCACAUCAAGCACCACUUCACCUCUGUGGAGCACCCCCAGACGAACGGACAAGCCGAAGCGGCAAACCGAGUAAUCCUUAGAGGGCUCAAGAAAAGGCUGGACGACGCUAAGGGCAACUGGGCAGAGCAACUCGAUCAUGUCCUUUGGGCAUACCGCACAACGCCGCACUCUACGACUGGGGAGAGCCCCUUUCGCCUAACUUUCGGCACAGAGGCGGUGAUCCCAGCAGAGAUUGGAGAGCCGAGCGCUCGUACCAUGGGCCACGACCCGGGACAGAACGACCAACUCAUCAAUGAAGACCUGGACCUUCUCGCCGAAAGGAGAGCCGUUGCCAAUUGCAGGGAGUUGAUCGCGAAGCAGCAUGCAGCCAUCCGCUACAGCAAGAAGGUCGUCCACCGCGUGUUCCUACCAGGGGACUUAGUCCUCCGCAACGCCAGCAUCGGAGCCCGAGGAACCGAGCGAGGCAAGUUGGCCGCCAACUGGGAAGGCCCAUACAGAAUAACUGAAGCAACCGGCACCGGCGCCUACAAGUUGGAGAAGCUCUCGGGCGAAAAAAUCCCCCGCACUUGGAAUGCCGCCAACUUGAACCGCUACUACAGCUAG